UAGUUGUGAUGUGUGGACUGUGGUAGAAGUUGAGACUCUAUUUGCUACUACUACUACUGCUUCCAUUGUAUUCAUCAUCGGAGAAACAUAUUUUUCCCGGCCGAAGUAAACAAAAAAACAUGUCUUUCAUUGAAGUCAAACCGGACUCACACUUCUCCAUACAAAACCUUCCGUACGGAAUAUUCAAACACUCUUCUUGUGCCACACCAAAACCAGGAGUUGCCAUCGGAGAUUACGUUGUCGAUCUUUCAUCCAUUCAUUCCGCUGGUUUGUUUGAUGGUCCUUUGCUUUCCUCUUCCGAUUGCUUCCAUCAGUCAAAUCUUAACAAAUUUCUCGAACUGGGAAGACCAGCAUGGAAGGAAGCUCGUGCUACAUUGCAAAAAUUGUUAUCAGCGGCUGAACCAACGUUACAAAAUAAUGCAAGUUUGAGGCAAAAGUCACUUUUGCCUAUGGAUGAGGUAGAAAUGCUGAUUCCGAUUGCAAUAGGGGACUACACAGAUUUCUUUUCAUCUCUGCAUCAUGCUAAGAAUUGUGGGACCAUAUUUAGGGGGCCACAGAACCCAAUUAAUCCCAACUGGUUUCAUCUCCCAAUUGCAUAUCAUGGAAGAGCAUCAUCUAUUGUCAUAACCGGAACUGAUAUUAUUAGACCAAAAGGUCAAUCUCAUCCAACUGGUGACUCUCCACCAUACUUUGGACCGUCAAAAAAGAUUGACUUUGAGCUUGAGAUGGCUGCUGUUAUUGGGCCUGGAAAUGUGUUGGGAAAGCCAAUAGACGUGAACAACGCUGCAGAUCACAUUUUUGGAGUUGUGCUUAUGAAUGACUGGAGUGCAAGAGAUAUUCAGGCAUGGGAGUAUGUGCCUCUUGGUCCUUUUCUUGGUAAAAGUUUUGGAACAACAAUAUCCCCUUGGAUUGUGACUUUAGAAGCUCUAGAACCGUUUGCUUGUGAUGCUCCCAAGCAGGUCCCUCCGCCUUUGCCAUACCUUGCAGAAAAGAUAUCGAAGAAUUAUGAUAUUUCUUUGGAGGUUCGUGUUAAACCAGCAGGACAAGAUGAUUCAUUCAUUGUCACAAGAAGCAAUUUCAAUCACUUGUACUGGACACUGACCCAACAACUUGCACACCAUACUGUGAAUGGCUGUAAUUUGAGGCCUGGAGAUCUCCUAGGAACUGGAACAAUAAGCGGACCUGAAUCUGAAUCAUAUGGAUGCUUGCUAGAGUUAACAUGGAAUGGAACAAAAGAGUUGUCUCUUGGCAAAACAAGUCGUAAAUUUAUAGAAGAUGGAGAUGAAGUUAUUAUCAGUGGCUGUUGCAAGGGAAAUGGUUACAAUGUUGGAUUUGGUACAUGCUCAGGAAAAAUCCUACCGUCUUUGCCAUAGUUAUCUAAUUGUUCCACCCAUCAGUAUAGAUCUUGUUGAUUGUUGGCCGACCAGUUUAAUUUUUUGGUGUUGAUUCGUGAUCACUUGAAUGUUGGGCCAGAUCAAGCGUAUACAGCAUAUGAAUCAAAUCAUGUAUUCUGUAGUUGUAUUAGAUCUAGAUGUGGGAGUUGGACUAUAAUAAAGACAGGCUUGACUGUUGACAAGAAAGUCUCAAAAAGAAAAUCGAACAUUGUUUUUUUGACUUUUGUUGAUUUUUCAAUUCCAAUCUUUGUUGAUCAAA